AUAUUUAGUUGUUUGAAUGUAUUGAAAGUGAAAAUAAUUUUUUUGAUGUUUUUCAAAUUUUAAAUAUACUUGUAUUUAUUUGGAAUUUAUGGCCAAAUGUUGAUUUUGAAAUAAAGUGAAAACGUUUUCCAAAAAAAAAUGAAAAUUUUUCAUGGCCAAACGGGCCCUAAAAAAGAAAAAAAGAAGAAGCGAUUUUUACGUUCGCGCGGAAAAUUUUCCUAUGACUCCAAAAUUUCAAAUUUAUCUUCGCGGUAAAAAACAUUAAAAUGAGGAACCUCCAAGUUACAGUACUUGGUACAAGUGAAAACAACAUACGAAUAAAUGUCCACCACAUGUGCAUUGACUUAGUGUUUAAGUACGUGGUGCCUUCCCAUUGGAUGGUACAUUUUGAUGCCGUCAGUGUACUGUUACUUUACGUUUUUACUACAAGGUAUAUAUACACACAGCUCAUUUUUCAACACUUGCGCUUCUUCCCGCCAUUUUCUCCCACUUGUUCCAAUCUCCAUUUUUUCAUCUACAGAUCCAAAAGUUCAAGGAAGAAAAAUACCCAGAAGCUUCUAGAAGAAUUAAAGAGAAGAAAAAUGGGUAUCAAAGAUCUCCUCAGGUUUAUGAAGCCCUAUGUUGAAACUGCCCAUGUAAAAAAAUACGCUGGCAAAAGGGUUGGAAUUGAUGCUUAUUCUUGGCUUCAUAAAGGAGAAUCAGUAAAAGCUGUGAUUUUCAGCAUAUUCAUGUAGUAUGGAGCUUUGUCUUAACUCGGAGGGCGACAAGAAAUUGCAGUACUUGAACUACUUCAUGCAUCGAAUCAAUAUGCUUCGACAUUAUAAGAUCAUUCCCGUAGUUGUUUUUGACGGCGGAAACUUACCCUGCAAGGGGGCUACUGAAGACGAGAGGCACAAGAGAAGGCAAACAAACAGAGAUCAGGCAAUGUUGAAGCUAAAGGAAGGAAAUGUUGGUGGCGCCAUUGAGCUCUUCCAGAGGGCAAUAAGUGUCACUCCAUCAAUGGCACAUCAACUCAUACAGAUUCUGAAGUCAGAGAAUAUAGAAUUUGUUGUAGCACCAUAUGAAGCUGAUGCACAAUUAGCCUACUUGUCUUACCUUGAAGAAGAAAAGAAGGGAAUUGUGGCAGUAAUUUCUGAGGAUAGCGACUUACUGGCAUAUGGAUGUCCCGCUGUUUUCUUUAAGAUGGAUGCCCAUGGCAAUGGUCAAGAAGUGGUACUAGACAAUGUUUUCAGUUGUGUUACUCGUGUUCCUUCCUUCAGACAUUUCAACAAAGAUUUAUUUACAGGCAUGUGUAUCUUAGCUGGCUGCGAUUUUCUUCCGUCAGUCCCUGGUAUAGGAAUUACAAAAGCUUAUAAUCUGGUCUCCAAGUAUCGUAACUUAGAUCGAGUUCUUUCCAUGUUAAAGUUUGAGAAGGGAGAUCAAGUGCCUGAAGAUUACACAAAAUCAUUUAAAGAAGCCGUUGCAGUUUUCCAUCAUGCUAGAAUAUAUGAUGUUAGUUUGAAGCGGAUCAAGCACUUGAAACCCGUUCCAGAAGAGCUGUUGCAGUUUCUGGAUGAAGAACUUGACUUCUUAGGACCAGAAAUUCUUCCAUCAUUGGCAACUGCAAUUGCUCAAGGUAACAUAGAUCCUUGUACAAUGGAGGCCUUCAAUGUCUUUCCAAGUAUGGUAAAUCACGUGUCUACUGCAAACAUCAAGAAAAUUUGUGGUCCCUUCUCUCGACAAGAGGCAUCUACUCAAGCUUCAAAAGACAGCACAGUUUUUGCUAUUUCUUCAAGUAAAUCCAGAAAAGAAACAACAGUGGAGUCGAAGCAAGCCUCGGAUGAAUGGAAGCAGAGUCAAUUUAUGGAAGAAAGUGAGUGCUUAGAGGAAGCAGUAGCUCUUCAAAACAUGCUAUGCCCUUCAAUAUCAACUCGGAAAUUGGUGGGAGAACAGAAAAUGAGUCAUCAGAAAGAAGUGUUGAAAGUUCCAGAUAACAAUCCUUUUAGGAAAAGAAAAGUGGAGGAAAUUGAGCCAGAUGAGAUGGAUAGUGUUACUGAACUAGUCUCAGAAAUAACUGAGGUUGAAAGACUGGAAGUUGUAUGUACCACUCCAGAAUCACAAAAAAGUGUGGAAUCUAAGCCGGUUAACAGGAUUGAGUCAAGAAGAGUUACCAAAGAAAAGAAGGUUAAGAGGAGUAAUUGUCAAAGUUCAGAAAACAAGAAAAACACUAUAUUGAAUUUCUUUUCUCGAGUGUAAUUUAUAAAAUUUUGCUCCACAUCUAUUUCCUGUGUCAAUCACUUUUUUCUAGUCUAGAAUCUCGUAAAUUUCUUAAUUUUAUCAUCAAUUAUACAUAACUACUGUCAUUGUUCCACU